GCUCGAUCGACGUCGCCUCGCGGGCGCCGAUUUCGAGCCUAGCGUAAGAUUCAUCUCGCGGGUUGACUUUAGUCUCGAUCCGGACGCCGUUCACCGCCGUUCAACAGCAAUCGCUGCAACCCCUUUCAUUAGCAGGUUGGCUCGAACCGUGCAGCCAGUUCAUCCCUCCCCUGCAGCAAUGAUCAUCCUUCCGAUGUCCCCGUGGAAGCUUGCCCUGGUGGUGUUCCUGCUGGCAGCCAGCUGCACCCAGGCCAACAUUAGCUCAGGAUCCAAGUCUUCCAACUCUGCCAAGUCUUUCCAAAAACCGCUUAUCCGACACACCCGUGCCCUUGGCUUCUUCCAGAAGAUUGCCGAAGUGGGCAGACUGAUCUAUCAGCAGUACAACGACACCACCUGGACCCUGCAGGGGAUCUACGAUGUUGCGCGGAACGAGUUCACCGACACGUUCACCACCACGACGCCAAAUCCCCUUUUGCCAACGACAACCCCGGAUCCAUCUACGAGUACAACCGAGAAGUAUCGUAUCUCCCGAGCCGAAUUGGGCCGAAUCCUGAAUCGUAACUACCGAGGACUUCAGAAACUGUUUCGACUGGAGUGGAAUGAAGCAUGGAAUCAAACCAAAUACAACGUAGCGUUCUACAAGCAGGAGCUCAACAAUGCGAUCAAACCUCGGCCGAAUACCACCACAACGACGGUCAGACCGUGAUCGUCGUCAACCGCAAAACUACCUGAAGCAAUGUUCCAACACUCGUUAGUUAAGGGGAUCUUUCUGUGAUAGUAUUGACUACAACUAUUUUUUUCGCAACAUUCGUACUGGGUACCUCUAGUUUGUAAGGUUUUUGAGUAAAACGUGAAAAACGUGUGAGUGUGUACAUAAACUAAUCAGACAACGAAUUCACUGAAGAUUUGGAUGGGCCUUCCCCAUCGACGAUCGACGGAUCUAACGAAGCUGUGCACGUCGUUAGCUCUCUCGAUGGGUUCAUCACCUUUGCGCGUAAUUCGUAGAAUUAAAGGUUACGACUAAGCAAAACGCGAAGAACAAUUUCUAGCAGUGCCAAUAAAUCUAAUAAAACAAAGUCAA